AUCGGCAUUUGUUGGAAUCUGCGGUGUUUUAGCAACAACUAACAGAAAGGUGUAAUAAAUAUGGGCUUGUGUGGCGCCUAUUAGUUAGCCUAAUUUACAUUUAGUUAAUUAUCCACGCUAGAAGGCAUAUAACGCUCAACAAAUGACGUAUCAGCCUCGCACGUUUGUGUUGCUGCUGCUUUUUUUGGCACUUGUUGCAGGAAGCGCGGCAAAAACGAAAGCUUCAGCGGUACAAGAAGACAUCGCAGAGUACAAGGACUUUAAGAAGCUGCUGCGCACUAAAAACAAUGUGCUGGUAAUAUAUGUGGCCAGUCCUAAAGCGGCCGGUGCCGAAUUGAAGGUGUUUCGUGAGGCUGCCGAGGGGGUGCGCGGCACGGGGACGAUGGUGUAUGUAGAUUGUGGUCAACAGGAGCGGAAAAAGCUGUGCAAAAAGCUAAAAAUAACACCCGACCCGUAUACGUUGAAACACUACAAGGACGGCGACUAUCACAAGGACUAUGACCGACAGUUGAGCGUGGCCUCGAUGGUUACAUUUAUGCGCGACCCUUCCGGCGACUUGCCCUGGGAAGAGGAUCCAGCGGGCUCUGACGUGCUACACUUUACAGAUGCAGCCGCAUUCAGUAAACACCUGCGUAAGGAUAUUCGACCAAUGUUGGUGAUGUUCCACGUGCCCUGGUGUGGAUUUUGCAAGCGCAUGAAACCGGACUAUGCGAAGGCAGCCAGUGAGCUAAAAGCUAAGGGCGGUUACUUGCUGGCCGCCAUGAAUGUGGAACGACAGGAGAAUGCGCCCAUACGAAAGUUGUUUAACAUUACAGGUUUUCCCACCUUAAUUUACUUUGAGAAUGGAAAAUUACGAUUUACCUACGAGGGUGAGAAUACCAAGGACGCUCUGGUUGAUUUCAUGUUAAAUCCCAAUGCCAAGCCCACACCAAAGCCCAAGGAGCCCGAAUGGUCAGAGGAUAGCAGCUCAGAAAUUGCACAUCUUACCGCGGACAGCUUCGAAGCGACACUGAAGGAUGAACCAUCCGUACUGGUCAUGUUCUAUGCACCCUGGUGUGGUCACUGCAAACGUAUGAAACCCGAAUACGAGAAGGCGGCGUUGGAACUUAAGCAGAGUCGAGUGCCUGGAAUGUUAGCCGCCCUUGAUGCCACCAAGGAACAGGCCAUAGCAGAGAAAUAUAAAGUGAAAGGCUAUCCAACAGUUAAGUUCUUUGCCCAUGGGGUCUUCAAAUUCGAUGUGAAUGUGCGUGAGGCUUCGAAAAUAGUUGAAUUCAUGCGUGAUCCCACGGAGCCACCGCCACCACCGCCGCCGGAAAAAAGCUGGGAGGAGGAAGAGCAAACCGAGGUGCUUUUCCUGAACGAUGAAACAUUCGCAACAACACUUAAACGAAAAAAGCAUGUUCUCGUCAUGUUCUAUGCACCUUGGUGUGGUCAUUGUAAGCACACCAAGCCGGAAUUUACGGCGGCUGCGAAUGCCCUGCAGGAUGAUCCGCGCGUUGCUUUUGCGGCCGUGGAUUGCACUCAACACUCUACACUAUGCGCCAAAUAUAAUGUGCGCGGCUAUCCCACCAUAUUGUAUUUCUCCUACCUCAAAACUAAGCUAGAAUAUAAUGGCGGUCGCACCACCAAGGACUUCAUUGCCUAUGUGAACAAUCCGCCCAGCGCCACGGACCACAGCGAACUGUGAUCCCUGAACUCGAGAUUUUGAAGUGGUCUCCAGAAUCUCACUAAUACUAUAAACUGCUCUGAAAUCUCUAACGUUGAUAUUUGUAUAAAAAAAAAGUGUAUUAAUUUAGCAAUAGCUUUACAAUAUUAGCGUUUUUGAAAUAAACUUAACAAUUUUAAAAACGUGAAUUUUUU